AUGAAUCAUUCCAACUCGGCGACUAGUUACAGACCCUCCAGGCCUAUGUUAUGUCGUUAUUACAAUACGAAUGGAUACUGUUUUUAUGGCGAUCAGUGUCAGUUUGUCCAUGCGAAGCCUCCUUCGAACGACGUUCGUACUGGUAUGGUUAUAAGAAAAACGUUUUUUUAUUGUCUCCCAUGUAUUUGAUUUAAAACAAAUUCCCUCCUUUGCAUGCUUUCCCCUGGUUGCUGCACAACAUAAUUUGCUUUAAGUUCCCUAUGUACGCCAGGUGUCAGUUUGGUCUUUAAAACCAGUCAGCUAAAUAUCAUCCUAGCUGGUUGGAGCUCGUGAUUGGGCUUCAGUUCUAACUUUUUUAAAACGUUACAUUGCUUUUUUAAAUGUAAGGCCACUGCGAGAUACUUGUACAUCCUUUUUAGUUUGCUUGUUUAUUUAAUCCAGGCUGCUUCGUGAAGAAAAAUGGAUCUAGAUGUAUCAUUUUAUUUUGUGUGUAUUCGUUGGUGAUGCGUCCAGAUCUGUAAUGUUUAUUACAGAGUGAAUUAAGUUUACAGUUCUCUCCUUCUGUUUUUUUUUUCCUCGGGUGAUUCUCUCCUUUAAAGUAAAACAAGUAACCGUUGACAGUGUUCUUUUAAUUGUCAUUAUUUCGAAAAGAGGCAAUGAAAGGAUUUGCAUUUUAUUUAAACUUAAUGCAGAAAUGAAUAAAAUCUAUUGGUAGCAUGCAUUCAUACAGAACUGUACAUGUGUUUUCCAGUGACAAUCUGUAAUUAACGUAAGCUGCAAGCCUGCUGUAUUAUAGUAUAAGCUGAGCUGAGAUCUUCUUCAAUCUCAAUCCAGCUGACUUGAAUAAAACCCCGUUUACAUGUUAUGCCUGUGUUGCGAAAACCCAUAAAUCUUGAAAUACAUGUACCAGUUGUAUUGAAAAUNUUUUUUUUUUCCUCGGGUGAUUCUCUCCUUUAAAGUAAAACAAGUAACCGUUGACAGUGUUCUUUUAAUUGUCAUUAUUUCGAAAAGAGGCAAUGAAAGGAUUUGCAUUUUAUUUAAACUUAAUGCAGAAAUGAAUAAAAUCUAUUGGUAGCAUGCAUUCAUACAGAACUGUACAUGUGUUUUCCAGUGACAAUCUGUAAUUAACGUAAGCUGCAAGCCUGCUGUAUUAUAGUAUAAGCUGAGCUGAGAUCUUCUUCAAUCUCAAUCCAGCUGACUUGAAUAAAACCCCGUUUACAUGUUAUGCCUGUGUUGCGAAAACCCAUAAAUCUUGAAAUACAUGUACCAGUUGUAUUGAAAAUUAAUUUUUUUGGUGUACUGAUGAAUUUUACAUCUUAACUCUUUAAGCCCCAAUAGUGAUUCAAAUGCAAUUUCUCCCAACAAUAACACUGUAUGAUCAAACAGACUGGUGAUGAGAAUAAAUGAAGUGAUCACUGGUGAUGAACUGUUGUGAUGUUAGAACAAAUUCUCCCAAGCAGUACCGUAAGGAAUGUAUGAAGAACAGUGUGGAGAAGAUGUGUUGGGGCUUAGAGGGUUAAUUGCAAACUCCUUAAUGCUUAGCAUUGCUCGUUUACUCUCUCAAGGUAUUUUCCAGAGGGCCAUAGUAGAGACCAUGUUAGUUUUCAUUUAGAUGCAAUUGGCCAACAUCAGUACUAUGUGACUGCUAAUGUUAUGCCAUUCCUUGAAUAAGCACAUUGGCCAUGUUUUUAUUUUCCUUUGUUUAGAAUUUUUUUAAACAAUACUUUGUUAUCAUUUUGCUUUGUCUACAAUGAGUUGAAGACAAAGGAAAAUAGAAGUGCUGUGCAAAUUUCAAGCACAAGUAAUGUUUGAACCACAGCAUAUACUCUUGCUUAUUUCACACAAUUACAGCUACAGACAAGAACUUUAAUGUUGGAAGCAAUAAUGCAAGCUCAUUUCAUAGAAGCUCAUCACUGCCAGCAUUUAAUUCUGCUGUCAACAAUGGCCCUCUUGGUUCAAAGGGCUUGCGAGGUGAUGGAGGAUUCAAGAGCAAUGCCUUGGGAACAACAACAAAUGAUAGCUUUGUUAGUGGAAUGGGACAGUUGUCAAUAUCAACAAAUAAGGUACCUAUUAAAUAUUUUGUAACAACUCAGUUUAGCAUAAUGAAAAAUAUCAUUCAUCAUGGUUUGUGUAUGAUAGGGCUUCUUUAUCAUUGAAUGAUAAAGUGAUUAAAUGAUUUUGUCCUGCAAUAGUUUCUUCGUUCUCAAUCACAAUGUUUUGAAUGCUUUAAUUUCUGCAGGUCUUCAUCAUGCCUAAAAUGCACCAUUCGCCAAUGACCAUGUUGCUACAAAAAUAGUUAUUGAUGGCAACAUGAUAACCCCUUACCAGUGGUCUUUAUGAGGGUUUACAAUAUUUUCAGUACAAAGUCAUUUCGAUUGAAGUCGUUUUCAAUUCAAGCGUAUUCAAUCAAGUUGUCUGUAGUUUGAAGAUUUGAAGAAAUAUUUUUAGAUCCAGAAGGUGACAAGCUAUUACAGAAAAUUUAAGAACCAGGGACCAAUUUAUUAAAACUUUUACAAGUGUAAAAAAUGUAAUUUACAAGUGUAGCUAUUGUUUUAGAGUCUGAAGACAAUAGCCACACUUGUAUAUUACACGUGUAAAAGUUUUAUUAAAUUGACCCGGGAAAUAAUAUCUUCUGAGUCGUCUGUUAAGUCCAUGUAUAUGUCACAAAGAAAUUUCCACUGUGGGAUUAAAAGAUAAUGACACAGAUACAAGUGUCUGUUGUUGCAUGUGCUCCUGGAAUUAUAACAGAAAACAUGGAUCAGUACAGUGGUCUUGAGUAAAUUUGUUUAGUAGCCUGUGAACGCAGAUGUAUUUCAGGUCACUGCUUUAAUUUGUGCCACCAGAAAAGUACCGUUCGGGUGGAGAGAAGCAAUGAUUGGAAAUACAUCUGCAUUUGUAGGCUACAUAAAUAGAUGUGUCUAGGAACUCGUACCCACAGAUGCAAAUGCCAUAGCUGAAUAUUGUGAAAUGAUAUAACUCACUUAAAGUGAUUGAUAUAUGGGUACUUGUACAUUGAAUGAUAAUUAUUGUUACUAUUAUUGUCUAUCUAUGCAAAAGGAAAUGAUUUUUUAUUUCUCAUUACAGAUAGCACCUGGGUCCCUUGGAGGACACGGUUCUCCUAUGUCUCCAUCCAAGAGGGCAUUCACAUCAUCGUUAGCCCCAGGAGGGCCAGUCUCACCUCUUCAUUCUCCUAAACCAUCCCUUGGUUCACCCAAACCACAGCACAACCCACUAACAUCGCAAGCAUUUGAAUUUCUGCCUUCUGCUGCUGUGAGUACAGUUAAAUUUGUGGAGUUUGUGAUCCUGUUCAGCUUCCAUUUCUUGUAGCUCUGUUUUUUAUAUGAACCCAUUUUGCUGGAUCUUCCUAUUCCACAAUCAGCAGCUGCUUAUUACUGAAAAGUAAUAUAUUUCAACCACUCAUCAAUGAUAUUCAAAUAACUGUUGAGGCUGCACAGUCUAUCUGAAGGCUGUAACUCUGAGGGUGUACAUAAAUAAUUAAAAAAUUCUUAUUAUAAUAUUUAACGAAUAUUAUAAUUUCAAAUGCUUGCUGUAACAUCAGUGUGUUGUUUACCUAUAUUUUACUUUAGAACCAGAGCCUGCCACAGGCCCCCCUCCACAGUCAAGCCCAGGCCCCAGGCCCUCAGCAGAUGGAAUCCAUAGGUGGAACAACAUAUUUUUACACUCAGCAAGCUCAACAACAGCCUGCUGUGGUAACAAUUAUUCUUUAUUCCUGUUUUAGAGUUAUUAGGGAGCUUAAACAAUAACCAUGUUGACAGCUAUGAAAACAUUACUUGCACUGCUUCAAUGUGUUUUGCAAUUAUUCCGUCUUAUUCAGUUUGUAAAAUGUUGCCAAAUUUUUCUGUUGUUGAAUUCUAAAAGACUGUGUCACAGUUCAUGAAAAGUAAAAGAAAGUCGUUGUAUUGUGUUCACCUCCUGUGACGUAAACAAAAAAGUGUGACACACAUGCAGAGUUGUUUUUUUGCCAAGCUAAACCUGUAGUUUUCUUUUUCCGUUCUCACUGCCAUCACUACCACCAUUGCUUAAGCAAAAUACCUCAAAUUUAAGUGCUGGCUACAAUAGAGUUGACUGCCAAGUUUAUGAGUUACAAUGUAGAACAUUGUUAGUUUCACUCUCCAUCUUUCCAAAGGGCUUUUGUCCAAAAAAAAUGUCUUUUUUACACCAGUGAACAGGUUAGUAGUAGCAAACUAUGAGGGAUACAGCUACUAUGGGUAUUAAAUCUUCCUUCCCAGUUUUAGACUUGAGGAAAAUAAGGUGUGAUCCAUGCAUGAAAGUAAGUUAAUGAAAAAAUUCACCAUCAUUAUUAAUAAAUUUUCAUUUUUCUGAAUUUUUUUUCUCAGCUAUUUCCAUCAUACCAAGCAUAUGUAUCCGAACCAGCUCAUCUUGCUCAUCUCCAAAGCAGCCAAUCAAGAAACAAUGCUUUUUCCAUGUCUGGUCAGAUCAGGCAGGUUAGGUUUGACUUUUUGUGAUUGUUGUCUUGGAGUUAAUGGCUCAUAGAUCAGAGUAAUAGUAAAUUUUGAACCAAUUAUUGCAAAACCUACCUCAAGUGAACACUUGUAGAUUUUGUAGAUGUAAUGGCUCAGUGGUUCAUUUAUUUCAGAUCAGAGAAUAACAUGGGAAGAAAAAUAUAAUAUUAUUACAAUAGAUGAUUACAAAAAUAUAAUAAUUACGGUACAGACUCUAAAAUGUGUGUGGUGGUCAAAGCCGCGAAAGCUUUCUAGUUGACCACCAGUGCAUUUCGCACAUUAACAUUAACAAGAUUGUGUGUCCUGAUUUCAGGAACUGAUUCAUCAGCAUACCCUAAGCAUGGCACAGCUUGACCCAGAUGAUCAAAGUAAGUUAAUAUCUACUUUACAUUUUUAACAAUAAUGCUACAAUGUGUAUGAUAUUCAUGAAGAGGAGUCACCUCGAAAGGAAAUGAGAUCACCAUUUAAAGAAGAAGGAGAAGAAAAUGAUGACAAUGAUGAUUAGGAUGGUGGAUGAUGGUGAUGAUGACAGUGGUAGCGGUGGUGGUGGUGGUGGUUAUGAUGACGUUGAUGAUGAUGAUGAUGAUGAUGAUGAUGAUGAUGAUGAUGAUGAUGUUUUUGACGAUGAUAAUGAUUUUUUUUUUGAAGAGUGCAUUGAUGCCACUAAGAUUUCAAGUUGCCGGUUAAACACAACAACUAGGUGGGGAGUUAAAACAGCUAGGGAUUUUUUUUGGUUUUAUUUUUCUUCUGUUUUCCAAUAAAAGUUGCCGGGGGCCACUAUCAUAGCAGCCAGGGGAAAUCCCUGGCCCCUGCCUCUUAAUGACAGUUCUGACAGUGGCAGACACAUAAGUACACUGUAUGUCUAUGACCGAAAGGUUAAAUUUUUCUCGUAAAUUGUGUGCUGAUAUUGAGUUACUUUCAUUAAAAGGUGUUCCACAGGAAGUAGAUAGCUAUCAUACUUUGUGCCCUAUAGAGCCCUUGGACACUCCAACAGACCAGGUUUGUUACUUAUUGUGCUAAUUAAUAAGUCCAUACCUGAAAAAACACUUUAACCACUAAAAGUACAGCUGUUACCUUUAUUUUUUGGAAGAAUUAAAAACGUUAUUUUUAGUUAAUCAGUGUUGGGCUACAUCUUCCAGUCAAGACUUGUACUUCCUUUCCUGCAUCAAGAUAUUACAGUUCACAUUUUUGUUUUGCUUUAGUAGUAUCUUAAGUCAUAUAACAAAAUUAAAAGCUGUUUUGUUACUUAUCACUUAAGAAAGGUGCCUUGGCCGCUCCCGCACAAGCUCAUAUCUGGCUCUUGUUGGAUUCUGACUCACAAAGUUCUUGUUCAUACAUGUACAUGCUCCAUGGAUCACAAGAGUAAAACUUAGAGUGCAAAUUUGUAAGAGCUACCUAAUCAAUGAGUGUUUAAUUUCUAAAUUAUUUUUAAAAGUAAACAACCAGUGUAACAUUAUGUUAGGUUCCUUGUUUCUGAUCCUAAUGAAGUUGUCUGUAAGGCUGUUGGAAGAUUUGUAACGUUUGUUUCUUGAGGUGAACUGUUGGUAGUGAGUGCCAUUUUGUCGUUGAACUACUUUGUAACCUUGUUUUUGUUUAUUUAUUCCUUAUGCUCCGAGCUCAAUUUUUUUUCUAAGAAACCUUUUUGCAACUUGAAUGCAUAGAUUGGUUGCCAAACAUAAAAAAUCGCUGGCCAGAAAAAAAGAGAGGGACACUUUGUGCAAUAUUACAUGGAGGCUUUGAAAUAAUGAAAAUGGUCACUUAAUAAUCACAAUGAAAUUUGAUGGUACAUGCAGUGGCAUCUCAAAAGCUUUUAACCCUGACAACUGGGGAAAAAGAGACAAAUAACUAUUAUAAAGAAAAUAGAACAUAAAUAAUAUAUGAUGCGAAUGAUUACCUCACUGUAGUGUAAACAAAGACCAUGAAUGCAACUAAUAAAAAAUACAGCUUGGCUCUUGACUGCCAAAAACCAGUUUGCCAAAUUGGUAUCGUUCACAGUAAUUUUAGUCACCAAAAUAUUUUUCUCCUUGCCUUGGCGACCAAAAUGGUUGCAGUUUGGAGCACUGACCAGUACUCAGAGAGUUAUCGUACUGGCCCUGGUUGUUCAAAAGUUGGAUAACAUUAUCAACCGGAUAAAUCUCUAUCCAGUGGAUAGCGCAAUUAUUGGUUUCCCACAUACUAUCCGGUGGAUAGUGAUUUAUCCGGUGGAUAGCCCUAUCCAUCUUUUGAACAACGCGGGCCAGGUUGUAAAUGUUUUUCUUCCUUUUUUGGUAAAGGCCCAGAGGACAUUUGGUUACAUGACAACUUGUUACAAAGCCACAAAUUCUAAAGAUGGGCUUACUUAUGUCCUUCGAAGAAUUCACUGUAAGUAUAUUGACAAGAAACUCGUACAGCAUUAAAUGCAGUAAAGACAGGCGGUUCCACAACUGCUAAAACUUUCAUAAACUGGUUCCCUGUGUGACUUAAAUAUUUUAAUUAACCAGUUCAUUAUGACUUUGUAUUAUCUGUUUUUUCUUAAUGUCAUAAACAACAUGUGCAUGGUUGAUAUUUUUUUUUUACUUCCCAGAACGGCAAACACGACUUGAUUUCUAAACAUUUAUCCACAGCAGAAUCUUUGAUUUUUAGGAAAUCAGGAAUUGCCAUCUAGAAACUAAAACAAUAGGCCACUUUCGAGUUCCAAAAAACCCUCACUUUCAUAUUGAGGAGUUUUAUUUGCAUGAGAAUGAAAAAUCAUUUCCAUAUCAAAGGCUGAGCACUUAAACUCGUUUUGAUUCAGCGGCCUGGGGGAACUCGGAAAUGGUCACCUAUUGCUUGAAGAUCUCAUAGUCAAUUUGUUUUGAACAAGUUUGUUUCAGACUCAUGCUCAACUGUACAUAAAUUGCAGAAGCAGACAACCUUUUUAAGCAUUGAUUUAAUGGUUUUUUUCCUCUCUUUCAGCUUUUCGACUUGUAAAUGCAAAAUCCAUGGUCCUUGUGGAUCAGUGGAAAAAAGUCAGUCAUUCAAAUCUUGUUAGUCUCCGAGAAGUCUUUACAACAAAGGCAUUUGGAGACAACUGUAAGUACGCUAACAAGAUGCAUUUUUGCUAUGUUGUUGUUGUUUUGCAACCAGUGGAUGUUUAUAAAGAGUUUUGAAGAGUGAUAGUUUGGUCGAGAUGAUUAUGCUACAUGGCUGUAGCAAGAAAACAGGAUAUUGAUCAUUUAAUUGAACGACAUCUCACCAUUUCUGCACUUCAAAAACAUGUUGUUUUUUUUAAGCCACGGGAAUUUCAUCUUUCCCAAACCAUCCUUUAUCCUUCAAAGUUUAGUAAUUUCUAGAUCUGUGCUUCUUCAGUUUAACCAAAGUAAUAUUUCUGAUGACUUGCGCUUUGAAAAGAAAUUCCUAACUAUUCGUCGAAAUCUGGACCAACAAGUUAAUCUAGCCUUGACAGUUAAAAAAAACCUUGGCUGUUGUCAUUAUACUUGCAAAAGAACACAACAUUUUUAAUUCCACCGUUUACACAUACUAUUUAUUUAAAAAAAAUACUAGCAUCGACAUAAAAUAAAUGAUCAGGAAUGGUAAAUUUCAUCGCGGAGUCGCGUUUGCAAUUUGCACAAAUCCGUUCCAUUUACCGAAAAACGGCCGCUAUGGCCUGAAACUGGUAUCAAAGAUGGCUUUGAAGAAAUGGAACACGGAUUUCCGUUUAGGAAAUUCCGUCCACAAAACAGGACUACCUUUUCAGUUGUUCCGCUGCUUCGGCAGAUUUUCCGCGGGAACGACCCAAAAAGUCUUGUACCAUGAUCUUAUACUUUCCAAAUGGAUUUUCCGGAAACUUUUUCAAAAUGAUAAACAGUUAUUAUCUCGAAGUUUCACUUGGCAACAUCCAUUAAGUGUUUAAUGUUUCCAUUUCACAGCGCUCAUAUUUGUCUAUGACUUCCACCCGGGAGCAGAGACUCUUUUAAUGAAGCACUUUUCUGGUCCCGAUUCCAAUCUUGGUGUUGGCCCCGAUGGUUCAUUAUUAUUCCCCUCGACUUCCCGCCCCCUGGGGGUACAUAGCAGACAUAGACCGGGUCACCGUAGUCCGAUGCCUGAGCGACUUAUUUGGAGUUAUAUCAUCCAGCUGUCCUCUGCUUUAAGGACAGUUCACGCAGCUGGAUUAGCCUGUAGGGUCAUUGAUCCAUCCAAGAUCUUAUUAAUUGGAAAUUCAAGGUAA